GUACAAGUGAAAAUAUCGAACAGACGUAAGCAGUUAAAAUGUUUCUUAACGAUAGGAAUAUGUAGAUUUAGUAUCAAUUAGUUGUAGUUAAUUUAGAUUUUUUCGGUUAGAAUUGUAAAACAUCAUGAACAGGUACAAUAUUCUACACCAACUAGGCGAUGGCACUUAUGGUUCAGUAGUAUUGGGACAAAGAAAGGAUACCGGGGAAAAAGUGGCCAUUAAAAGAAUGAAGAGGAAAUAUUAUUCUUGGGACGAAGCCAUGAAUCUUAGGGAAGUUAAGUCUUUGAAAAAAUUACAUCAUUCGAAUGUGGUGAAAUUAAAAGAGGUUAUAAGAGAAAACGAUGUAUUAUAUUUUGUGUUUGAAUAUAUGCAAGAAAAUUUAUAUCAAUUAAUCAAAGACCGAAGAGUGCCUUUUCCAGAAUCAGUCGUUAGAAAUAUCAUAAAUCAGAUCUUACAAGGUUUAGCGUUCAUCCAUCGACACGGUUUUUUUCACCGAGAUUUAAAGCCGGAAAAUAUACUUUGCUCAGGGCCGGAUUUAGUAAAAAUUGCAGAUUUUGGGUUAGUUCGAGAAAUUCGUUCGAGGCCGCCAUACACCGAUUACGUAUCGACUAGAUGGUAUAGGGCUCCGGAAGUUCUUCUACACUCGACUAUUUACAGUAGUCCGAUUGAUUUAUGGGCUUUGGGUUGUAUAGCUGCCGAAAUUUAUACGUACAGGCCUUUAUUUCCAGGAACGACAGAGACGGACCAGUUGUACAAAAUAUGCGCUUUAAGAGGCACUCCAGAUGAAAACAAAUGGCCAGAAAGUUAUCAACUAGCCGGCGCUUUGGGUUUCAAAUUCCCUUAUUUUGCCAAAACCCCCCUUAACGACGUUGUUCCACAAGCAGGAUCGAAUGGGAUCAGUUUAAUAGACGAAUUCCUCGAAUGGAACCCCAUCCAUAGACCUACAGCACAAAGUGCGUUAAAACAUCAAUAUUUCCAGGUUAAUCAGUUGAGCGCCCUUCAAACGAACCGCCAAAUACAAGCGAAUAGUGCCUUACAGUCUCACACUAACGGAAAAAUAUCCACGCAGGAACCACCAGAUCCAUUAUUCCCCAAUCCCCAAACUCAAGUCCAUAUCCAAACAAACGGUCGAUCUGUAAUCAAACAAUUGUCCAAUUCCAACCAACCCGCAGUUCAAAUAAAUAUCCAAUCGUUGAUAAAACCCAUGGAAAAUUUGGAAAAACCCAGGUUGCAAGGGGCGCCUAUCGUCUAUAGUUUCGGACAAUCCGAUUACGGGAGUAAAUAUCUACCGUCGAUUUUCGAUAAUAUGAAUAAAAUUAAUAAGGCCAGAGGAGGAGUGGUGAUACCUAAUAAAAAAAUUAGUUGGGGGUUCGAGACGAAUUUUGAGUACGAAGAUGAUUUUGCUGAUAUUUUAGGAAGUAAAAUAAAGCUGCCUGCCUCAGAGAAGAAAAAAGAUAACUCGAAAGUGAAUUUGAGUCAGUUUAAUUUGCAAGAUAUUUUGGAACCUUUGGCGAAAGCUAGCGCGGGAACGAUUCGGAACCAAUAUUUGAACGUUCCUAAAUAUAUAAACGGACAAUCUACAGUGCGACGAGAUUCUAACAUUAGUUUAUUUUCGAAUUUUUCUAAUAACGGAAGAAACAGUGGCGUACAAAAUAAUCAAUCCAGCAAAUUGGAUAUGCAGCCAAUGUGGACGGAUUUCGGAGACUUGAAUUCGGCAAAAAGAAGAUUUGGAAAUAUGAAAAUUACUAAUACGAACGGUUACGAUUUGACAGCCAAUUUUAAUUUAACAAUCGCCAAGAAAUUUGGCGGGCAAAUAAAUAAAUCAAAAUGCAAAAAACAAUUACGUCAUUUUUUAAUAAACUUCCUACCAAUAAAGAUGAUGAUAAAGAUAUUGGGUAUGUUCGAGGUAUUUAAAAUGUUUUUAUUGAGAAUAGUUUCUCAAAGAGUAGUCCGUAGUAUUAAGACAAAAAGUAUUAUUCUUUUUCCUCAUUGUAGUAAUAUAAAGAAAAAUAUAACUAUUUCGAAAAUAAAAUUAAAAGUUGAUUAUUCCAUAUCCAAGACAGAAAACAUCAAGAAAAAAGAAAAACUUGAAGCUUGUAAAAAAUCAAAAGUGAAAACCCCUACAAAAAAUGCAACUGAAAAUCUUGAAGAGACUUCUUUGGAAGUUAACAGUUCGAAAAGAAGAAGUAAAAGGGCAAGGGUAUUAAGUAGUGAUGAAUCUGACCAAGAAAACUCAAAUACAAACGAAUCUGAAGCAAUUGAAAAUAGCAGUGAAGAGAAAUCUUCAGAAUCUGUUACAAAGAAACAAAAAAUUGUUGAUAGUGAUGUUGAAGAAAAUAGAAAACGUGCUAAAGAAAAACUAAAUAAGUCAGCAGAGUUUACAAAUAAACAAAAAACAUCACCAAAAUCAAAAACUACACCAAAAAAUAAAGAUAAGAAUGAUUAUAACAAAGCUGGUAAUAAAAAUCAAUUAGAUGUAGUUGAUAAGAAAGAAGAGAUGAAACCGGAAUCUAAAAAACUUAUGUUUGGUGUUCAAAAAUCAGAUAAUUCUACCAAGGAAGAAAAGAAAAUGUAUAAUCCAACUUUAGUAAAGUACGAUCCCAUAAAAGAUGCUAUUUGGCAACACAACGAAAGGGUACCAUACAGUGCAUUGUCCAGAACAUUUGAGGAAAUAGAAGAAAUCUCAGCAAGAUUAAAAAUCAUUGAAAUUCUAAGUAAUUUCUUUAGAUCCGUUAUAGUUUUAUCACCAGAAGAUUUACUUCCAAGUAUUUAUUUGUGUUUGAAUAAGUUAGCACCAGCUUAUGAAGGUUUGGAAUUGGGUAUAGCAGAAACCAACUUGAUGAAAGCUAUAGCUCAAUCGACUGGCCGUACCCUAGCUCAAGUUAAAGCAGAUAGCCAAGAAGUUGGAGAUCUAGGACUGGUAGCAGAAAAAUCAAAAUCCAAUCAAAGGAUGUUAUUCAAACCAGCCAAAUUAACCGUAAAAGGCGUUUUUGAUAAAUUGAAAGAAAUCGCCAGAAUGACAGGAAACGCUUCACAAGGGAAAAAAGUUGAAAAGAUCCAAUCCAUGUUUGUUGCAUGUCAAGAUUCUGAAGCUAGAUUUUUGAUAAGAUCUUUAGCUGGCAAAUUGAGAAUUGGACUUGCCGAACAGUCAGUUUUGCAAGCAUUAGCUCUUGCUUGUGCUACUACUCCACCAGGACAAGAAUAUUCACCCAGUAUCCUCAACAAAGCAAAAGAUUUAGGAAAUGAUAAAUUUAAGGCGCUUUAUGAUAAGUACAGUCUUAUUUUGAAGACCGCUUAUUGUGAAUGUCCCAGCUAUGAUAAAAUAAUACCAGUUAUAUUGAAAACUGGUUUGGAAAGUUUACCAGAACAUUGUAAGAUUACACCCGGUAUACCUUUGAAACCCAUGUUGGCUCAUCCGACGAAGGGGGUUCAAGAGGUUCUUCAAAGAUUCGAUGGGUUGAAAUUUACUUGCGAAUGGAAAUAUGACGGUGAAAGAGCACAAAUACAUAUCGAUGAUAAAAAAAUCAAUAUAUUUAGUAGAAAUCAAGAAGAUAACACUUCCAAAUACCCUGAUAUUAUCUCUAAAGUAGAAAAGUGUCGUACGGAAGGAGUGGAAUCUUGUAUAUUAGAUGGCGAAGUAGUUGCGUGGGAUAAAGAGAAAAAACAAAUUUUACCUUUCCAGAUACUUAGUACAAGAAAGAGAAAGGAUGCCAAUGAGGCGGAUAUAAAGGUACAAGUGUGCGUUUUCAUGUUUGAUUUGUUAUAUUUGAACGGGGAACCUUUGGUGAGAAAACCAUUUUCCGAACGCAGAGAUCUUUUAAAAAAACACUUUAGAGAAGUGGAAGGAGAAUGGAUAUUCGCUAAAAAUAUGGAUACAACCGUCAUGGAAGAAGUAGAAGAAUUUUUGGAUGAAAGUAUCAAGGGUAAUUGUGAAGGUUUGAUGGUAAAAACUUUAGACCAAGAUGCCACCUAUGAAAUUGCUAAACGAUCUCACAAUUGGUUGAAGUUAAAGAAAGACUAUUUGGAUGGUGUGGGUGAUACGCUGGACGUUGUAGUGAUGGGUGGUUAUUUGGGAAAAGGGAAACGUACUGGAAAUUAUGGAGGAUUUUUAUUAGGUUGUUAUGAUGAAGACAGCGAAGAAUACCAAAGUAUAUGCAAGAUAGGAACCGGUUUUAGUGACGAGGAUUUGCAAAAACAUGCGGAAUUUUUCAAGGAUCACGUCAUUUCACAACCGAAACCUUAUUAUAGAUUUGAUAGUUCUUUGGAACCUGAUCAUUGGUUUGAUGCUGUACAAGUUUGGGAAAUCAAAUGCGCGGAUUUGUCAUUAUCUCCUGUACAUAGAGCAGCUUUGGGAAUCGUUGAUCCGGAAAAAGGUAUUUCACUGCGUUUUCCUAGAUUUUUGAGAGUAAGGGAUGAUAAAACUGUGGAAGAAGCCACAACGUCGCAACAAAUAGCUCGAUUGUAUUCCAGUCAGGAACAAGUUAAGAACCAACAGCAAUCUAAUAAGAUCGAAGAUGAAGAUUUUUACUGAAAUGAAUGUUUUUAUGUAACUUGUG